AAGAACAACAUCAGAAAAGAGGGCCCGAUGACCACCAAAACCACCAAGUUCAAUUCCAAGGCGACGACGAAGUUGACGAUGAAGAAGAUUCUGAUGGAAGCCAAUCUUCUACUUCUCAAGAGAAACCCGAGAAUCAUAAAGAAAACAAGAACUGCAAUGGAAUGCCUGCACUGUUUUUGCAGGGAAUGCGACUGGGGAACAAUGAGUGUCCUGCUUGCUGUACACAUUGUGCUAGCCGACGUUCACGUUCUCUAAGAGACGAUCCAAACUAUGAUGCCUUAAUUACAGCCUUAUAUCCAGAUAUUGAUAAGUAUGAAGAGGAGGAAUUGGCUUUUCAUGAAGAGGAAAGGACUUGCAAUAAGCUGUGGAUGAACAAGGUACGUCAAGUUUGCAGCAACCCUACCUUUGUUGUCAGCCCAGUCUGUCAGUCAAGCAGCUAUGCAAAUACAUUGCUCUCCAGACACCAUUGCGAGCUGAAGAAGUAGAAAUAUUAAUGGUAAAAGGACAAUACCAUACUGAUGACAACCGCACCAACCCAAUUCCUUUGACCUCAGAGGACGCACUACAAAAUUUGGAAGGUCAAGACACUUUGGCUGGGCUUAAGGUCAAGUGCAGCUCCGGAAGAAAUCACUUGAUUAGAGCAUAUCGGCAGAGGCAAACUGGCUAGCAACUAGUUAAAAAACACGAGCAUCUUUCCGCCUGCUUUGAUUAUGUGGAAGAUCCGAAAGUAGGAAAAAAAGGUGUACAUUUUUUUUUUACUUUUUUUUUUUGCUUUUUAACACUGAG